UGAAGUUCCACGUUGCCCUUUAAGAUUCCUAACGUGUCCGCCUCCUCUUCAUCCCUCUUGAUCCAGUCACCUCCACGCAUCCCCUUAAGCAGUAACUAGAUACACCAUGAGCCAACCAGCCAUCGACCCAGCUUCACUUUCGUACCCAGCUCCCGACUCCUCCACAGCCUCCUCUUCUCAGUCUCCCGCUCCACCUUCUCCUGGUCAGUCGCGCAAGCGUCAACGCCUAUCUGAGCCUACGGCCUCAGAGGAGAAGAAAGUAGCUCGUGCGGAACGCAACCGCAUCGCAGCACAGGAGUCGCGGGACAGAAGAAAAAAGGAGUUCGCGGACCUUCAUAAGAGGGUUGCUGAACUUGAGGCUGAAAAUGCUGCUUUACGACAGAGCACCCAAGGUGCCGUGAUCGGGAAUGAGAGGACAACACGUUCAGAGCAAGAAAAUGCAGAGUUAUUAGAGAGAGUGGCAAGGCUAGAGGCUGCGCUGACAAGCAUAAUGCCCCUGAUUUCGGGGUCACGCUCGUCAACGUCAACGCCUGUUACACCAACGUCGGAGGUCACCGCGCCUCCAGCGCCAACUCCCUCGCUCGACUCGGCAAAUCUUGCAACUCGAAUCGAUGAAUCAUCGUCACUGUCGUCGGACUCCACUCGCCACCUGGCACGGGUGGCGACCAUCCCGACUCCUUCAUUGGAAGCUUCGGUGAUGCCCCAGCAGCGGGUGGACCCUGCGACUUUGAUACCAAUGCCGUCGAUCUCGACCUUGGAACCCUCAGCAACAUCUGUGUCGAAGAUACCUCCAGCAAUGACAGCAAUCCUUUCACCACCUCCGACUUCCCAACGCCGUCUGAUUUCUCCCUCGAUGAUUCUUCCCUAUCAUCCAGCCUUGACCUCCUCUUCCCCUCGUCUACUGCGGAGUCUUGGCCCCAUACGUUUGCUGUCGAAGAUGGUGAAUACAGCACAACUCCAACCCAGAUCUCUGAACUACUCCAUGUUAACAGUCCGGCCCCAGAAAUGUUGGGUUCGACGACCUCGGCGACGUCGGAGGUAGGCAACAAGGCCACAGUAGAGGGUAGCGAGAAUGUCGUUUGUGACGACUCAAAACCCGAACUCGAGAUUCAGUUGAUGGAUUUGUUCAACGAGAUGAUUGGGGUCCCAACCACGCCGAUUAAUCUCAAUUUUGUGGGUUCGGGGAUACCUAUUUGGUCAUCGAAUGAUUCACAAAGUAUUAGUGCCUAAGGGCAAUACUUUCCGAAUCUAUCCCCUCAAUUAUCGGACAGUACCUUGUUUAACACAUUCAGCAUUGGUUCUUUGUUUGCUGUGUCUCUAGGAUAUUUCCGCAACGUUCACCCAUUCCUUUUUUUGUUACCUAACAACUCUUUGUUCCAUUCUCUGCGGCUCUUCCCACUUCCUGUUCUUGCCAUCUUCGCUCUCAUCCUCAAGUUAGGCUUGUUUUGCCAUCC